AUGCGCCCCACGAUCGUGACGGACAACAACAGCUUCGUCGAGCCCUCUAGGGCGUCCUUUGUCGAUACCGCCGACCGGCCGCCGGCCUUCAACGUCCGCGUCGAUCCCAACGCCCCGCCCAUGCGCUCCCAGUCUGCCGCCCCUUACCCCGUGGAUGAUCGGAUGGCGCCCCCUCCGCGGGGUGCGCCGUAUCCAGACGACGACGGCCGGCCUCGCCUCAACAACAACUACCCGCCGUCUCAGGGCCCUCCAGCAGACCGGCCCAGCAGUGCCUUCGGCAUCAGGCCACAAGGACCCGGCGAUGGGCCACGGCCGUUGCCCGGCUCCCAGUCAGCCGGCAAUCUGUAUGCCGGUGGACCACCGCCGGGUGCCGGUCGCGGUAGAGGCGGACCGCCUGGUCCUCACGGCCCCGGAGGCUACGGACCGCCAAACAUGGGACCGCCAAACAUGGGACCGCCAAACAUGGGACCGGGAGGUGGACCGCCAGGCCAGGGACGCCCCUAUCCGCCGGGGGACAGCCGGCCUGGCAGCGCCCACAGCGGGAACCGCAUGCAGAACAGGCCGCCUCAAGGUUUUCUCCUCGGACAUCAUCGCGACCUGGGUCCGACGGCCCUGGUGGCCCCGGUGGCCCAGGAGGUCCUGGCGGUCCUGGCGGUGGCCAUUAUCCAGACAGGAUGGGCUCUCUCGGCCAGCCAGGCGGACCACACCCAGGAAGAGUCCAAACUGGGGGACCUCCUCCAGGACAUGGAUCUCCAGGACCUCAGGGUCCCGGCGGUGGCCCUCGACCUGGACCCAACAGAGUUGGCACUGCUCCUCCGGGGCCUGCUCCUCAAGGCCCUGGCCCUCAGGCCCAGCAAGGGCGGCAAGUCGGGACCUGCCACAUUUGAAGACAUGGGCAUUCCGCAGGGCAAACAGGAUGGUGAUUGUGUGAUCAUGUAA